AUGCUGGAGCGGAAGCUGUACAAGACGAAAUUAUGCAUACUCUACCAGAGGGGCCACUGUGCGCGCCAGAGCUGCUCCUUCGCCCAUGGAGAGGCGGAGCUGCGGCGAUUCGGGGGUUCCAUGAAUGGUAAGGGGAUCCAGGGCUUGGAUAGUUUAGAGAUCGUUCGCUUUUCUUUUAUUUUCUCAUGGUAGAUGGUGUUCCCUUUUGUUGAUGGCUCUCACCCGUAAUCCAUCCAUUCACUAACUGAGCAAAAGCAUUUUAUUUCUGGAUGAUUCAUACUGAAGUGGACUAAAAUUUAUUAAAGUUUUUGCUCCUAUUUUGCUGUGCCCUUUACUUUUCCUGUGCGAAAAUUUGGAGUGUCGUUUUUAAAAUGCUUUUCGAUACAUGGGUUUUCGUGCUCUCCCAAAGAGAAGGAGGAGAAAUCAUUGUAAACGCAUUCAUUUUUUCAAUUUCAGUUGCUCUCUUUUGUCACUCGGGAAUUAUGGGUUUGUUUCACUUGGAUUUUUCUAUUGGUUGAUGGACUACAAUAUGAAAGUUGGUGAUCCGUGUAUUGAUCCCUUCACAUUUUCUGGUUCUUGUCUGCUCAAUCCAUCUUUUGUUACUAAUUCAAUGACUUUUUAAUGGAUUUCCUCUUCUCUCAGUUUCAUUUGAAGAGUCCUUUUAUUCUUAUGUCUUCUCAUCCUUUUAUGUUUUCCUUGUUGAAAGACAGGUGAGUAAUAUUAAUCUUGUAUGUAGGAUGCUUGAAUGGGAAUGGGAUGGAAGCAGGUGAAUGUUAACCAUUUCUUAAUUACAUUGUACAUCUUCUCAGAAACAGUAGUGGAGGUGGGCAGUGGGAAUGAUUUCUGGAACCAAAGCUGAAGUCAUCCGAUUCACUUAUAUCCAUUGCCAAAUAUCUUGGAAGUGGGAGUCUUAAAUUUUCAGUGAAGUUGCACUACAUUCUUAUCGAGCUGCAGGGAAAAAUGAGCAUGCAACAGUCCAAAAGUACAGAUCAGCCCUUUUGUAUCUAGGUGUCGUCUUCGGUUUGACUUGCUGACUCAACUCUUACAUUAACAUAUAGAACUGAACUUGGCAGAGGUCUAGUCAUAUGGAAAUUGGUAUUAUGAACUCGUAUUUGUUCGGUUUACCUAAGAGAUGAGCCUCACAUUACCAUAGGAUUGCAAGAGAUAAUACAACGAUCUUGGAAUAAAGUGUAUGCUUUCAUAUCUAUUGAUGAUGCCUACUAUUCGGGGAUUCUGUCAACCGAGUGCCAAGUCUUUGUCUAUCUUCAUCAAGUUGCUUUGAUGGGAUAUUUGCAUGUCCUGAGUAGGCAGAUCACUUAAGAUGGUCUACCACUUAGCAUGUCUCGUGGGGAUUGAUGGUACAGAGAUGAGCGCUAGUGAUAUGUCUUGACACUAAUGUUUUACAUUUUCAUAGUUAAUUUAUUUCAAGAAAUAUAAUCGGAGCAUGAAAGAAUCUGACAUAAGUCUUUGUCUUAUGGAUGGCGAUUUAUGUCGUCAAGUAUGCAUCUAUCUUCUCUUUAAUAAAAAAAAAAAGUCAUGUAUAAAUCUAAACUCUCCAUUAUAUGCUUUCCUGACCUUACUUUUAUGAAUGAAGUAGCAUCAUUUUUCAGAUAAUUCGCCAUUUCUUCUACUAGUAAGCUAACUCUGAAAAUGUUUGUCUGAUCUUGCUCUUUUAUCUUGAUUUUUGGUAGAUUGAUUUUCUCUCUCGAACGACUUUUUUUUGACAGUUACCCUUUUCGUCAAUCUUAAAACUGAACUGCAGAUGAAAACCUUGCACUUGUUUAUUCUUCAGCAUAUAUCAGAUUCUUAAGCAGUCUUCAAGUUUGUUGCUGAUAUGAUAUGGCAUAGAUAUUGGCUCUUGAUUUGUUAUCAGUCAGGCAGCCUAUUCUUUGUUCCAACAGCCUUACUUUUAUCAUAAACAUGGCACGCAUAUGCCAUUCUUUGGUGUGAAGUUUAAGUGGAAUAUUUGAACUCCAAUUGAAGGUGAUUUACUCAAGUACUUACUAUAACGGCAAAAUGGGACUCUGACAUAUUUCUGUGGUGCUGGUCUUUUGUUUCGGAUGAAAGAUAUAAAAUUUACUUUGGCUGGGAUGAUUUUUGAAAUUCAUUUUGCAUGUCCUUAUCCAUUACAUGUCAGACAGUUUGAUAUUCAUAAUUCGAUUAUAAGUCGUGCAGUGUAGGUAACUACGUUACCUUCUUGGUCCCGUUUUUUGUGCAUUAUCCUCUUGGAUUCAUGAGGGGUCCUCAGAUAGAGAAGUUCAAGCAUAUUGUGGAAGUGCUUAUAACAGAGGAGACCAAACAUAUUGGAUGGAGUUGGAUUAUUGCUUAAAUCUGUGUAAGUUAUUUGAGGAUCAAUAAAUGGUUUCGAUCACAGUUUUUGUAGGCGCCAAGGCAGCGAUGCUGGCCAUGCCUUUAUUAUUUGCCUCUUUCCUAUCCAAAGGACUGUCUGAGUAUCUAGAGCUCGAACAUGGGUAUUCUCCUAUUGAUUCAUUUUCAUAGGCAUUCUUAUUUGGUUGCCUUUGUGGAAUUGGGAAGAAGGCGAUUCUGCUUAUCGUGAUUAAAUUUCUGAGGUCAAUGGUAAGCCUGGCCUGGUUGAUGGAUUUACAGGCGUUCGCAUUACUCUCCGUCGACGGACUGGAAGAAAAGUCUCUUUUCUAUUUGCAUAAUUUUUUCUUGUUCACAGGUAGACGAGACUAUCGUGGUGGUGGUGACCUUAGAGAUAAGCUUGUACGAAGAUAUUCUCCGCGUCGCCGGUAUUCCCCUGGUAGAGAUGGGAGAGGACGUCAGGUGUUUCAUGGUCAUAAAGGAGUUCAGCAUGACAGAGGUAAAUAUCAAUGUUGAAAUUUUUAUCUUUUACCUCACAUGAUUAUUGUGGUCUUUUGGUGGAUGGGCGUGGGGGAAAUUAGCUUUGUAUAAAUUAUGAUCUUCAAUUGUGUAAAUGUAAAGAAACAUGAUUAAUGGACGAAUGGGUCACCAAGUGCCUUCGUGUCCUUUUAUUUUCUGUCAUUUCAUAAAAAAAAUUGGGGCAUGAGGACGUUGAUAUGAUCCAGAAAAAUUUGAAUUAUUUACCAGUUCUUUUCCGUUAAGUGAUUUGCAUUGAACAUCUUACUUAACAAGCUAAAUGAAUUUUCAGGGCACAGUGCUUCAAGGUCUCCUGAAGCAAGGAGGUACAUGGAUUUCUAUUUUUAAAUGAUUUUAUUUGUGAAUUUCAAAAGGUCAUAUAUAUCCACGAUAUCCCGAUUGAGGUGUCAAUGUCACAACCAAUCAAUCUACUUGUUUUGGAAUAACUGUGAAUGAUGGUGACUUAUUUGUACGUUGCCUUCUUUUGUAGUAGAGGGCAGAAGAAGAAGCCGCAUUUAGAUGGACAUAGUGAUGUCUCUGCAAGUCUCAAGACAUCUGAUGGUGCCGAAGAUCAGAUCAAAGACAUAAAAGUUUCAUCUUACAACGAAAUAGAUGUUAUUGAAGAGCAGGUCUUCAUUUUCGAAAUGAUUAUUUUCUUUCAAAACUGAUCAAGUUUUGCUCAAUUGAGUGCUUUAAUCUCACUGGUAUAUCUUAUUUUGUCAAAAAUCCAUGCAGUUGAAGCAAACACAGAUGGAUAUUGAAAUGUUUGACGAUCACAAAUGCCAAUUAGAGGUAGGCAUGAGAUUUAUUACUUUGAUGCCUUAUUUCUAUGAGUUUUUAGGAAAUGAAGUCCCAAGUUUCGACUCAUGUCUUCAUGCCCGGAUUGAUAAAUACUUUUACUUUGUGUAUAGCUCCGUUUCUUUACUCAUUUAUCAUAACUGAGUUCAGUUUGCACUUUAUAUGCUAACAUAUUAUAUUCUGUUAUAUGUUGUUGAUUACUGAGUACACACUGUUUUACAGGUUAAUUUCUUUUUUUAUGUUGCAGCUGCUUAGAUGUAUCUAUUUCUGCGAAGUCAUUUUCUGUAACCUUUAAUGGGAAUACUUAUUGUUAACAUCUCUCAAUUAUUCUUACGGUUUCUUUUGCACCUGGGUCUAAUUUUGUCUUCCUCUGCUGAAGAUGUUCAUUGAAGAGAAAGCUCAAGAGGCAGACAAGCUUUCUGUAAAAAUAGAAGAGCUUGAGACACAACUGGACAAAGAGCAGGAAGAUUGCAAAAGGUUCCGUUUGACCCACUGAAUCCUUUUUCGAUGGAAAAAAUGAAAUCGCUUGAGUUUCCUGGGACCUUUUUGUCAAGUGAGACUAGUUGAGGCCUUACUCUUUUACCUUAUGGUAUCUUGUCCUCUUCAGGUUUACCUCCAAAAUUAAGAAGUUCAUUAAAGCACAGGCGCGUUUUUCUAGGGCACAGGAGGAGUUAAAGAGGUUAGUUUAUCGAUAUGUGUGGCUUUCCAGGACAUCCGAUCGGACAAGCCUUUAAACAAUUUGGCAGAACUUCUCAUAACUGUUGAUGUUAUGGCUGCAACAGGUCGCAAGCUCGUCUUCAGAGGGUCUGCAACCAGGUUGAUGCUGAUGCUUCUAAGCAAGGCAACAAUGAAGAAGAUUCGAGUAUUCAUGCCAUUAGCGAUGGGGAGCCUAGUGGUAAUGGACGUUUGAGUCCUAGGAUUGAGAUACAUAACCAUUCUUCUCCGAUGAAGAAGAAACUGAGAUUUGAAAGUGGUGCCAGCGAAGAAAUGAAGACAGGUCUUGUAUAUAAUCACUCUGUAAAUGUUCUUGGUGAAGAGUUAUCCAGCAGAUGAGAUCGUUUGGGAGAUUACUUAACAUAGACACCUUCUAUUUACUGCAUCACUGAGCUCCAUUGCUUAUCAGUAACUCUUAUUCAGUCUGUAUUCCCAUGAUUCUAGAAUAUUAUCGAUGGAUUCUCUCUUUUAUUGUGGGCCGUUGGAGGCAACCUUGGGUGCAAAGUAUCUGCUUUCGAGGGCAUUCGAUCUUAGUUCCGAUCACUUUGCUUUAGAUUCCCUUUGUCAUUUCUACUCUUUCAAGUUCUCUAUGAGAUCAACUGAGUGGUACCAAUAAGCUUCGUCUUCUGGAUAUUACCCCAUCCUGACCCUUUCUCCCAGCAUUUUAUUGGGGGAUUUUCUUGUGUGUUGCGCUCAUUUCUGCAAUCCCCAGACUACUGGGGAGGUUUAUGCUAUUAUAAGGAGGGAGACCCUCCAGUUUUCUAUUCCAGUUGAGCUCUAUCUAUGAGUUACUUGGUCAUUAGUCUUUCAAUAAUUGCUGUUAUUCUGGUAAUCUUGUCCUUAACCAGGAAGCCAGCGGAAAAGGGAGCGGUCUCUGAAUUCAACGAGGGUGGAGAAGGUUUCGCGAAGUGAAACAUUCAUUUCCCAAUCAGAAAACAGAAAUAGGGAAGCUGAUGGAGUGAAUACUUCUCUGACUAGAACUGAUGUACAUAAACAUCUGGGCGACGAGUAUCGGCAGAAGGAUUCUAGUAGCUCUCCUACCAUUGCACCUUCGGCCAAGGUACCUCUCUUUCUCUUUCUCUCUACUUUUUAUGUUUCAAAAUAAUGGCCUCUGAGAAGGUUUAUGGCUUCUUAAAUCUUUUGAGACCAGACUGGAUAACCAACACUACUAUAAUUCCUGGCUAUGUUUAGUACGAGAGAGAGAAAAAUAGAUUUGCUGAAAACUGUGUCACUUGCACCUUUGGACCUGCGUUGGCUUUCAUAAAGGGUAGAUGUUCCCUGUACAUCACAUGGGAUUGCAUCUGUGUCUCCUGUGGAAAAUACUGAGUGAGGGAUCAUUUACAUUGAUUGCUGAAUUAUGGGCUUUAAAGAUAUGUACCUCAUCAAACAAGGAAAGAGAGGCCGAUCAAAAGUGGAUAGAUUGCGUAUUAGGUGGUUUCGUUUGAGAUGAAUCCUAAUGACAUUAUAUUAUGUGGAAGUGAUUUUUCUAGAUUGCGUAUUUGAAGUAUGAUUCAUAAAUUCUUCGGCUAAGUAAUCAUAUUAGUGGAGGUUCCAUAUUCAUGGGCCUUUUGAUUUCUUUUCUUCAUUCUUUGUUCUCUGUUAGCUUGGGAUGCCAAUGGGCCAAGCAAAACUGCAGUCUGGUCUGGUCAAGUCGAUAUUUUCUCUCUUUUUCCGUUGACCUCAAUGCCAGCCCCUCCAAUCACGUACUUGUCACCUCUCUCUCUCCCUCUCUCUCUCUCUCUCUCUCCCUCUCAUAUAGUUUUAUAUGGAAAGCCACGCUGAGCUUCACAGGGAUAUUGCCUGGGGCCUGCUUGCCAGGGUCUUACAUAGGCCUAGACUUAUAUAAUCAAGUAGAUUUUCUUCAUUCUCUCACAAGUAUUCAAAGACUCAUGCCUACUUUAUAUAAUCUACAGGCAAGGGGAUCAGAGUCUGGUCGCCUGUUGCCUUCCACAAGCAUGGCUGCUCAUGCAGUGGACGAGUUCAUCGAAGCCAUGGACAUGGAGGAGAGGUCUGAAGGUGGAGAUGCUGCCGCUGCAUAUGAGAACGGAGUUGUAGAUCAUAAGACGGGGAUGCCUUUUCUGCCUCCCCUCCCUCUGAAAGCCUCCCAAAAUGACUUCAGCCAGGUCAGACUGGGCUCCACGUUCCCUUUUUCCUCCCCCCAUCAAAAUUAAGAAUCUACUUUGACUUUUUAGUGGUUGACAUUUUCUUCCCCAACAAUUGAUCUUGUGAAUUUAUAUCUUGCUCUAAUUCUUCACAUGACCCCUUUUUUCUAGCAAAAUUAAAGAUUUCAGAUUGUUUGGGCCACGUGGGUUGUGACAUGUUCUUCCCCAGUUACUGAUCUUUUGAAUUUAUGGCUGGCCCUGGUUCUUUAUAUUCUCCCUCUGUUUUAGUGAUAGCUUGGAUCAUCUGGGUUGACCUUUUACUCUCCAAAAAACUGAUCUUGUGAAUUUAUGGCUGGCCCUGGUUCCUUAUAAUCCCGCUGUUUUAGUGAUAGAUUUGGACCAUCUGGGUUGACCUUUUAUUCUCCAAAAAAACUGAUCUUGUGAAUUUAUGGCUGGCCUGGUUCUUUACAUUCCCUCUUUUUUAAUGACUGCUUGGAUCAUGUGGGUUUACUUUUUACUCUCCAAGAAACUGUUCUUGUGAAUUUAUUAUAGCUGGCUCUGGUUCUCCACACUCCCCGCCUUUCUCUGAGUGAAAGAUUUCACAUAGUUUUGGAUCAUCCGCAUUUGACAUUCCCCCCCCCCCCCUUGAAAUUUCAGUACGAGGGUGAUGAUGAGGAGGUCGACGUGGAAGACAUUGACGUUGACAUUGAUGAUGAAGCCGGCAACAGCGAGGUGGAGAUCGAGCAGGUCUGA